AUGAACACUGAAGGAGUUACUGUAGUAGAACAAGAAAAAACAUUUAACGAAUUUGAAUUAGACGAUUUUCUAACACACCAAUUAAAGAAAAAUAAUUUUGUUAAACCAACGAUUAUUCAAUCUCAAUUUAUUCCAUUUGCAUUAGAAGGAAAAGAUAUUAUUUGUCAAGCAAGAACAGGGAGUGGAAAAACACUAGCAUAUGUCAUUCCUAUUUUAAAUAAUUUAUUAGUUAGUCAAGAAGAGCAAAGAAGAAUUAGAGUUGUCAUAUUAAAUCCAUCUAGAGAAUUAUGUUAUCAAUGUAAAAAUGUUAUUGACCAAUUAUUAAAAGGAUAUUUUGGUAUUUCAGUAUUAAAUGUUGCAAAUGAGAAUGGUGUUAUUAGUCAAAAAGGAAAAAUGAAAAGUAUUCCUGAUAUUAUAACAGCUACUCCAGCUACAUUAUUACAAUAUUUAAAAAAGACUGGAAACAAUUUAGAUGGAGUAGAAAUAAGUGUUUAUGAUGAAGUUGAUUUAAUGAUAGCAUAUGGAUAUGAAAAUGAUAUUAAAGAGCUUAAUAAAAAAAUACCAAAAGAAAGUGUUAAAUGGUUAUUAAGUGCAACUAUUAAUGAUGAUAUAGAAACAUUAAAACAUUUAAUGUUAAAAUCAGCAGUUAAAAUAAGAAUAGAAGAAGAAGAACAGGUAAGUGUAGAAGAAUAUAUAAUUAAUUGUGAAAGAAAAGAAGAUAAAGCAUUAAAUUUAUAUGUAUUAUUAAAAUUAAAUAUGAUUCAUGGAAAAGUAUUAAUAUUUGUUAAUUCUAUUCAAAAAUGUUUUUACGUAAAAUUAUUCCUUGAUUUAUUUUCUAUUCCAUCAGUUGUUCUUAACAGUGAUUUACCAAGAGAAAUCAGAAUGAAUAUCAUUGAACAAUUUAAUAAUAAAGAAUUUAAUAUUCUUAUUGCUACUGAUGAAACUACUAUUCAAAAAGUUAUACCAAAAAAACUUCAAGAAGUUAAAGAUAAAAAUAUUAUGGAAGAAGAUGGAGAUCAUUCACAUAUUAUUUCUGAAGGUGAUUCAGCUCAAGAAAAUUAUAGUGUCUCACGUGGUAUUGAUUUUCAAGAUGUUGCAUGUGUUAUUAAUUUCGAUUGUCCUAUUUCUAUAGUUAGUUAUACCCAUCGUAUUGGUCGUACUGGUCGUGCAUCAAAAAAAGGUACUGCCAUUACUUUUGUUUUAAAUGAAGAUAAAGACUAUAUUACUUCAAUAAAGAAAGAUCAUGAAAUAAAAGAUUUUAUCAUUGAGCCUAGUGUUGUUGGUGCAUUUAAAACAAGAGUUUAUGACAUGCAAAGAAAUGUUACUAAAAAUGCAUGUAAUGAUGCUAGAAUUAAAGAUUAUAAAAAGGAAGUUGGUAAUGUUGAAGAACUUAAAAAAAGUGUUGGAAAAUUAAAUAUUAAACAUACAGCUGCUUUAGUUGAUCAAAGGGCACAACACUUAAAAGAUAUUCCUGAUUAUUUAUUACCAGAUAAUGUUGUUCAAAGAUUAAAAGGAGUUUUAGAUAGAACAAAUGAAUAUGAAGCAAAAGAAACUAAAAGAAAUCCAAAGUCUAAAUCUUCAAAGAAAAGAAGAGAAAGUAAACCAAGAAAAAGUUCAAAUAAAAAGGGAUUUGUCAAAAGAAUGACAAGUAAAAAAUAA